AUGAAUGAUGAAGAAUUUUUUAGCCUUUUAAAUCAAUAUCCAAUGAGAAGUGAUAACCCCUCAACUACUACAACACAAACAAGUAGUCAACCAAAUUUGUUUUCAAUUUUUAAUAAUAUGAUGGGUGGAAUGAAUAGAAAUCAAAAUCAAAAUCAAAAUCAAGAUCAAGAUCAAAAUCAAAAUCAAGAUAAAAAGGAUAAAGAAAGAGAAUUUUUAGUAAAAUUAAAACAAUUUUUAGAUAAUAAUGUAAACAAUCAAGAAGAAGCAGAUUUAAUUUUUACCAAUUUUAAAAAGAACCAUUUAAAAUAUAUUAAAGAAAAUAAUCUACAAUAA